GGAAACGAGCGGCAACCACAGAAGAAGACAGAGAUACAUUGAAUGAAUGUGCUCGGCUGAUAAGUCACUGACUUUUUUACUCGAAUAAGUUUAUUAAAGAUCGCUGUAAGGUGCUGUUUGGACUGAUAAUGUCGGGAAUACCUCCAGACACAUGGCAGCCGCCAACAGUGUCUUUGGACACGACGAUGGGGACGAUUGUGGUGGAGCUGUACUGGAGACACGCACCAAAGACCUGCAAGAACUUUGCAGAGCUGGCCAGAAGAGGCUACUACACCAACACAAAGUUUCACCGAAUAAUCAAAGAGUUCAUGGUGCAGGGAGGAGACCCUACUGGAACAGGUCGUGGUGGUGCCUCCAUAUUUGGUAAACAGUUUGAAGAUGAGCUGAACCCAGAACUGAAGUUCACAGGUGCCGGUAUUCUGGCGAUGGCCAACGCAGGACCGGACACGAACGGAAGCCAGUUCUUUCUCACUCUCGGACCCACUCAAUGGUUAGAUGGAAAGCACAGUAUUUUUGGAAGAGUAUGUCAGGGGAUGGGAGUGCUGUACCGGAUUGGGAUGGUAGAGACGAGAGACGAUCGGCCAGUCGAUGAUAUCAAAAUCAUCAGAACUAAUGUACCCAAUUAAACAAAUGCUGAUAUCUUUUUUACACUGAUUUUUUUAAAAAUAAAUGUUUGUUAAACA